AUGGCGCACGCAGCUGUAGCCUCGGAGCUUCAGACCUUGACGGCACAUCAGCCAGAGUCGCUGCUUGCUGCUGCUUCUGCUACUGACGCUGACGCUGACUCUGACAUGAAAGUAUUUCUCGAGUAUCAGAAGCUUGCUCAGUUCCGAGACACUAUCCUCGCAGGCAAACACCCUAAGAUCAAGCUCCCCGUCUCGACUGCUAAAGCCGUCGCGGCCCCCCAGACGUCCGUGUCAAAUCCUCGUGCGCAACCACCGCGACACCCCGCCCAGACCGCAGACAAAACACGUCAAACAUCAGGUGCUCGUCGUGCGAGCAAGGCGAAAGCCUCGAUCCAAGAUGGAGGUUAUCCACCCGUCGCUGUAGCUGCAGCUUCGACGAUUCCUCCGCCGCUCGCACCGGGCUUCGCCACCACGAUCGCAGGAGAUGCAAGGCCUGAAAUCGAUCCAAUUUUCCUUGAGAAGUCUGAAGAUCUUGUUCGCGCCGAGCUUCGGGUACAGCGACAAAGACUCGAGAAGUCUCUACGAGAGGAGCUGGAACAGCGCAAGGCCUCUGCAAAGGCUGCGGCACAAGAACCUGAGUCGCUUCUCGACUUCAACCUGUCAGAUGUGCUGGUAAAGGCCUUGACGCUCGUCCAGGCCACCUCCGCACCUCUUGCGCCUGAUGUCGAUGUAGCUGGUGAUGGUUCCGAGUCGAGUGAUUCCUUUGACAACAACACAUUCUACUCGAGCCAGCAUGAUACGCCGGAGCCGCAUGAGACUUCGGCGCCUCAAGCUGGCGCAACUGCUGUCCUGGUAGAAGAUGUUGCUGAGAGUCUUCUUCAGGACGACCCGUAUUCACCCACACAAAACCUUGCGCUGCCAUCAGCACCAACGAAUGUGCUCAGGACUGCACCUGGUGCCUCGUUAAGUUUUCCACCUGGGCUCGGUACCGUGGUUGCUGCCUCGACAACAGAGAGCCGCAGUUUUCCCUCCUUCCAGAAUGGCUACCCCCGUACAAGUGCUCCUGACAGGAAUAUCACCCACGAGGUACAGUAUGUCAGUUCGGGAGGUAGCGGCGCCAAUAGUAGGGUCGGCGAUUCUGGCAACACCGAGUCGGAUCAAGCUGCAGACGUGAUACGUCCUCAGGGUGCUCGGCACUACAUGUCCAGUGUCGAUGCUAUGCGACAGCCUUCACCCUUGGUUCGUGCUCAUGACUUGUCCCCUUACGCUCCCCAACCUGCUCAUGUAUCACAACUUACCUUCGGAACGCAAUCGUCUAUCCUUGACCCCGAUCCGCCUGCAUUGCAGGGUGCACCUGCAUCGGUCGCAGCGCUGAGGCAUCAUGAGAGUGCUGCCACAAGCCCAGAGAGCUCACCAUACGGAGAUAGAGGCUCGAAGAGAAAAGAGCGAGCGGAACGUCGCAAGGAAAGGAAAAAGCAGAAGGCUAGAAAGAGGCUAGGCUACGGCUCGCCAGAAGUCAAGCCUGAGCCACGGUCGCCGUCACCAAUCUCAGCGCCGACCAUGGCUCGGCCUGCAAAGCGGCAACGGUCGGACCGUGGGCAGCAGGACGUUGUCAUCAUAGAAGCGCCCACGACUGCUCGCCCAGCCUCGCGAGUGUUCUCUGCACAGCAGCUUGCCGAGCCGUUGCAUGUUGAUAGAGCGGCACCAUACGCCUGGGAGCGCCUUGAAGAUCCACUAACUCGCUCUGGACGCUCGUCGGCAAUCCCUUCUGUUUAUCGACCUGAACAACCUCAGCUCUUCGAAAGGCGCUACGACGAGCAUGGCCCGCAAUAUAUACGACGCAUGUUUACGCCACCAGGGCAGCCAUCUCAAUACGGUGCUGGCGACGCACGACCCCUGCGAUCUGCAACGUACUCGAUAGCCCAGCCAGAGUAUCGUGAAGUCCCAAGCCAUUCACAAGCCGCCCGCGCAAGCGUGCGCCCGUACGCAGAUCGAGCUAGAUCCAGAUCUCCUGUGCUCAUAGAACGGCAUUCCCCUAUGAUGGCGCCGCCAGGGCCACCUGCGCCGUCUGCUCGCAUUGUUGUGGAUCAAUAUGGGCGCGAGUAUUUUGAGCCGCCGCCACGCCCGACCAGUGUGAUUCGGCACUCGGCCGUACCCAUCGCCAGGCCUAGGGAGCAUGAGAUCGUGUACGAGCGGGCUCCGGCGAGGGCCAUUUCUCGUAUCCCCGCAGAUGCGACUUUCGAGGAAAACGGCAUCAUUUACAGGCGAGUUUCGCCUAUACAUGGCGCAAGACGUGUCGUCACCCAGCCAGAGUAUAGCCGGCCGGAACAAGUCAAAAGCUACCGAGAUCGGGACUACUCGACGCAACCCGGAGCCAUAUCCCGAGAGGAGUACGUCGAAUACAGAACAGGACCGGAACGACGUGUUCAGCAGGAGGCGUUACCCGGGGAAUAUCUUGCGAGAUCUGUCAGCGUCCGACCACAGGAAGGGUUGUCAUAUUAUGGCAGCUCUAGAGUACAGAGCGUGCGCCCGGAGGCACCGCCGAGACACUACGCCGCCAGCGUGCACCCAGAAGCGCGAAGGGCGGAGCCUGUGCCCAUUGCCUACCAGCCGCAGCAGCAGGCAUCGAUGGUGCAGGAGUACGACCCGCGUUCUGCUGGGCAAGACCUGCCGCCUCCGCCACCGCCGCAGCAGCAAUACCCCCCUCGAGCGUACAGCGUGCGUCCUGUUGAGCAAUAUUUCUUUGAGCGCCAGCCUGUGGGUGAGACGCAGAUGGCGUUCAAUCAGCGGCCGCAAGCCCGUGCUGCUGCUGGCGAGGUCGUGUAUAUUGAUGACGCUUCGCGGCCUAUUUACCGGUCGAGAUGA